GGUACCGACACUUUAUUCACAGCUAUAAUCAUCAAUUUUUAUUUGAUUAUUAUUGUUAUUAUUCUAAUCAUUUUAAUUCUCGUCAAACGGCCAAGAUUACUUCCCUCAUUUGAAAUCUAAAUCUUGACCCUUCAAUGAGAUCAAACCCCAAAAUUUCCCACCAACCUACCCUAUCUUCUUCACUACCCCAGAUCUCAACCCCCAUUUAGCCAAAUACUCUUAACUUUAGCUCAGUAGCAACCCCAUUAUAUUUUCUUGAAAUUCUAUUGGGUAUUUAGUACACUAAGUAGUAUCAAGAUUCAUAAAGAUUGAAUCUUUAUAGUGUUCUAAGUGGCUAGAAGCAUUGUAAUGGUGGAGGCACAGUCAUGGACAACAAGAAGGGGAAGCAAUCCAAGAUUGGAGUCACCCCAAGAUCAAGUCUUGGAUAUGCCAGUAACCCCAACUGCUGAAAUCAGGCAGCAACAGUAUUCUAAUGGUGGGAUAAGUUCUUUGGUAUCACCAAAUGUACUUACUGCUCUUAUAAUUGCUUCUUGGUAUUGUUCCAACAUUGGGGUGUUGUUGCUCAACAAGUAUCUUUUAAGUUUCUAUGGUUAUCGUUACCCAAUAUUCUUGACCAUGUUGCAUAUGUUGUCAUGUGCUACUUAUAGUUUAGUUGCCAUUAAGUGGCUGGAAGUUGUUCCUUUCCAGCAGAUACAUAGCAGGAAACAGUUCUUCAAGAUUCUUGCUUUGAGUGCUAUUUUUUGUUUUUCUGUGGUUUGUGGUAAUACUUCAUUGAGGUACCUUCCUGUAUCAUUUAAUCAAGCAAUUGGUGCUACUACCCCAUUUUUUACUGCUAUUUUUGCUUUUGUGAUUACUUGUAAGAAAGAAACUGCUGAGGUUUAUUUAGCUCUUGUCCCUGUGGUUCUUGGUAUUGUUUUGGCUAGCAAUAGUGAGCCAUUGUUCCAUUUGUUUGGGUUCUUGAUGGCUUUAGGUUCAACUGCUGGGAGAGCCUUGAAAUCUGUGGUUCAGGGGUUGUUGUUAUCCUCUGAUGCUGAGAAAUUACACUCCAUGAAUCUGUUAUUAUACAUGGCUCCAAUGGCAGCAAUGAUUUUGCUUCCUUUUACACUAUACAUAGAGGGGAAUGUAGCAGCAAUUACAGUGGAGAAAGCAAAGGGAGAUGGAUUUAUGGUUUUCUUGUUGGUUGGUAAUGCCACAGUUGCUUAUUUGGUGAACUUGACUAAUUUCUUGGUUACUAAACAUACAAGUGCCUUGACACUGCAAGUUUUGGGGAAUGCCAAGGCUGCAGUGGCCGCAGUGGUGUCAGUAUUGAUAUUCAGGAAUCCAGUGAACAUCAUGGGCAUAACAGGGUUUGCUGUGACAGUAAUGGGUGUGGUGCUUUACAGUGAGGCAAGGAAGAGGUCUAAAGUAACAGCACACUGAUGAUGAACGAUGAUAGUUUGAAAGAUUCAAUCUUGAUGAUGCCACACAAAGAUGGACCCUCAGCUCAAUCCUUAUUAUAAAAGAAAUGGCGAUCUCGGGUUCUGCUAAAGGCCUAAGUAAUCAAUUAGUUGUAUAGCAAAUAUUUCAAUAAUCAAAAUGAUGCAAGGUCAUUUUGCUUUUAAAUACUAGAUCUGCCAGCCAAGAAACAGAUUGAAAUGUUGUAUCUAUUGAGGUCCCUGUUUGUUUUAGAAAAUGACUACAUGAAUAAUUGUGGUGCAAAAUAGUCAUGAGUUGCAUUGAUUGCUUGUAUUAUUUUGCAAGUCUUUUAAUUGGAUCUUAGUUCACAAAUUGCUGUCACUAUUGCCAAGUUUCUUUCAUUGCCCCACCCUUAUUUCCAUGUAGAUAGAAUUACUUCAAGUCUUCAACCAUUUGCAGCAUGUUUGUAGCUUCCAAAACUUCCUAUUUAUUAUGUCUGUUGCAUAUGAUAUGAGGAACUUGAUAGGAAACGUACCUACUGGCUACUGCUUUUAAGCCUUAACUUCAAGAAAGUUGAUGGGUAGUGUUCUUUCUACUUUCUGGUGAAGGAGGUUCAUCUAGACUAAUGUAU